GGUAGCCGCCGGCGUUGGGGAAGGGUGCGCGGCGGGGAGGAGCGUGUGGCCGACGGGGGAGGCUGCUUCCCACGAAGUUGCUCCGGCGGAGCCGGCGUUUUCGGGGUUUGCAGCUGGACUGGAGUUAUUUCAGUAGCCAGUGGCCCCGGGUCGGGGCCGGUGGGGACUCCUUUUCCCCGGAGACAGCUUCUCCCCCUAGCCCCCCAGCCCCUCGCCCGCCGGGGCUGUUAGGCCUUCUUGGAUCCCCGUCGGUAGCAGGUUGGCACCCGACGCCCCGAUUUUUCUUUUUUCUUCCCACGGCCGGACGAUCUCUUCUAGAACGCAAAAGAACUCCCGUGGAAGAUGGGACUUCUUGUCUGCUGUCCGGAAUAUGUUUCAAGGAUUCUCAGUGAAACAUGAUUGUGCUGCUCUGGGUUGAAAUGCUUGAGAGACAUCCACAUCUCUGAUGGCAACUCCCAUGUGACAGAAACCAUGGUCUUGUCAGCAAUGUUGACCGCAUCUCAUGCUGGGGCAUCCAAUACCACAUUCGUAGUAUAUGAAAACACGUACAGGAAUAUGACGGUCCCGCCACCAUUCCAGCAUCCUAGCAUUGGCCCGCUGCUCAGAUACAGUUUUGAAACCAUGACUCCCACUGGGAUGAAUUCCUUGGUGGUGAAUAGCACAGCUGUAUCCCCAACGCCGGCCGCUUUUGAGAGCCUCAACUUGCCUCUCCAGAUCAUCCUUUCUGCUGUGAUGAUAUUUAUUCUCUUUGUGUCUUUUCUGGGGAACUUGGUGGUCUGCCUCAUGGUUUACCAAAAAGCUGCCAUGCGAUCUGCAAUUAACAUUCUCCUUGCCAGCCUGGCAUUUGCAGACAUGUUACUUGCAGUGCUGAACAUGCCCUUUGCCUUGGUAACUAUCAUUACUACCAGAUGGAUUUUUGGGAAAUUCUUUUGUAGGAUGUCUGCUAUGUUCUUUUGGAUGUUUGUGAUAGAAGGAGUAGCCAUCCUGCUCAUCAUAAGUAUUGAUAGGUUCCUUAUUAUAGUGCAGAAACAGGAUAAGCUGAAUCCAUAUAGGGCUAAAGUUCUGAUUGCAGUUUCUUGGGCGACUUCUUUUUGUAUAGCUUUUCCUUUGGCUGUAGGAAACCCUGACUUGCAGAUACCUUCCCGAGCCCCGCAGUGUGUAUUUGGGUACACCACUAACCCGGGAUACCAGGCUUAUGUGAUUUUGAUUUCUCUCAUUUCUUUCUUCAUACCCUUCUUGGUGAUACUGUACUCAUUUAUGGGGAUACUCAACACGCUUCGGCACAAUGCCCUGAGGAUCCAUAGCUACCCUGAGGGCAUAUGCCUCAGCCAGGCGAGCAAACUGGGUCUGAUGAGUCUCCAAAGACCCUUCCAGAUGAGUGUCGACAUGGGCUUUAAAACGCGUGCCUUCACCACCAUCCUGAUUCUCUUUGCCGUCUUCAUAGUUUGCUGGGCCCCGUUUACCACUUAUAGCCUUGUGGCAACAUUCAGUAAGCAGGUUUAUUACCAGCACAACUUUUUUGAGAUUAGCACCUGGCUGCUCUGGCUCUGCUACCUCAAGUCCGCGUUGAACCCACUGAUCUACUACUGGAGGAUUAAGAAGUUUCAUGACGCCUGCUUGGACAUGAUGCCGAAGUCCUUCAAGUUUUUGCCGAAGCUCCCCGGUCAUACUCGGCGCCGGAUUCGCCCCAGUGCUGUCUAUGUGUGUUCAGAACAUCGGACAGUGGUGUGACUCUUGGAACUGCGUGUCAUUUUGGUUGACGGUUGUGGUUGUUCUUUUUUUUAAUUUUUUUUGAGUUUACAUUUUUUAAUUAUUAUUUACAGAGUAUAUAAUGCAAAGCUAUGUUUCCUGUCCAGCUAAAACAGGAUGGUUAUUUUUAUGUACAGAUCAUUAGAGAAAGACAACUGUCUCCUUAAAAGAGUUUUAAGUUCUUAUCCAGUUUUAGCACAGGCAGAGCUCCUCUUGCUGCGUUAAAUGCUGGAGAGAUAUAACAGUGGGUAGGGCAUUUGCCUUGCACAUGGCUGACUUGCGUUCAAUCCCUAGCACCCCAAGUGCUCCCCUAAGUCGUGCAGGAGUGACCCCUGAGUGCAGAGCCAGGAGUAAGCCCUGAGCACUACAUAUGUUGCCAGAAAUAUGAACAAAAACUGAAGUGAUGGUUGUUCUUUGACUUUGCAUUUUCUUUCACAUGCCUUCUGUACUUCCUUGUUUUUCAUGGGGUGUGUGAGUGUCUGUGUGUGCUUGAGCAGUGUAAAGGAAGAAUGCCGGUCAACUGUAAUUCUGUCAUUAAGGAUACACAAUAGAAAAAUUAUUAACUCCAGGGUUCAAAAGAAAUCAUCCUAUUGGGCGAGAAGAUUUUUUUUUUCUCUUGAUUGAUUUUGUUUUUGUGGUAGGAAUUAAGAUUGUGCUUUACUGAGCCUGCAGUUACAUAGAAUUGUAGGUGUUUUGUAUGCUGCUAAGAUUUGCUUAUUAGUUUAGUGCAUCAAAUUUCUUUUUUUCCUGGAAGAUAUUGCUGCUUUAUGCCAUCACAUUGGAGCCAAAAAAAGAAAAAGAAAAAAACCUCACCACCCCGCAUACAUCUCAGAUAAAAAUGUAGUUUUGUUUUUAAAAAAGAACAACCCAAGGGAGUUAGUGACAUUUUAAAGGUCAUUAAGAUUUACUUUGGUGCACUUUAAGGAACAAUGUACAAACUAAUUAAGUCAUGUUUUUCAAGAUUGUUUUUUACCUGACAUGUUGUGCUUUAGGAAACAUUGCAUUAUAAUUCCUAAGAAGAUAGUUUAAAAAAUGUUUUAUCUGCAUGUACAGUUUUAAAGUAGAAACAUAAAAAUGUAGAAUCUUGUCUAAGCACAAUAGGAAUUUCUUAGAGCAGUAGGGCCAGGGCAAGGAGACAGAACUCCCUUGGAAAAGUAAAUGGGGUCAGUCAGUCCAGAGCUGGCGUUGGCUGUAGUGGUUCUUUCACUCAAGAAUUUGCAGAGACCAGUACAAAGACAGUUGUUGCACUCAUGUACUAGGUAUUGUGCAGAGUUUUAUUGAGUGAGGUAGUAUUUCUUACUUUUUACAGAUAAAGAAAGCACAUCUCAGACAAAACUCCUCAAGGUUAGUGGUGGCACUGACCCUCAGAUCUGUCUGCAUUCAGAACCUGCGCUGCUCUGCCGAGCCACACGGCACACACUUCAGGCAGGUUGUGAAGUUUCAUAGUCAACAGUGAACUCUUUGUAACCUUUCACACUUUAGACUAAGACUGCCUUUAAAAAAAAAUAGCUCCCUUAUUUUUGUUACAAAAAUGUGAAGGUAUUCAAAAAACAGUCUGGAAAAACAAAAAGACAAAGUCCCACUCCUUUUUCUAAGGACAAAUCUUAGAUGAAGAAGGCUAAAAAGAAACCAGGCAAUUUUUAUUUUUGGUUGACACUUGACUGAAAAGUUCAGAAUAGCAGUACAGAGUUCUUUUGCCUUGCAGGUUUAAAGCUUUUCGGCCACUCAGCGGUGCCUCUGAAUGUUCUGGGCAGAACUAUCUUGUCGCUCCAGUGCUUGCCCAGAGCACAGCUGGCACUUGUGCAUGUGAAGAUCGGCUCCUAUAGAGAAGCAUAGAGCAAGUGUUAGUAGAGCAGGUCUGGAGAGUUUUGUUUUUGUCUUGCUGAUGGUCUGUGUGUUGAUCCCUGCCUCUCUCAGCCAGUGUAUCCAGGACCUUUGUUGCAAUUCUCUCUGAAACUCUGGCACACUUCAUAAAGCAGCCAACAGGAAUGGGAUUUGGGCUAAGCAAGGCCUCAGGAUCUGAAAUUGUAGCCUCUUAGUUGUGUCCUGAGCUUUAUCAAUAGGUGAGUUAACGGUGAAUGCCUUUUGGCAUUUCACAACUUUUGGAUUUUAGUGCUCUGUGAGCCAACAGCAAAGUGGGAGCCUGUUUCUUCACUGGAAAACUGGAGAGUUGGAUUAAAUAAAAAUCCCAGGAUUUACCCCAAAUCUAAGACACUUCUUUCCAUGUGAAAGUAAAGAUUUUUAAAGAGUCCUGCUGACAUCAGCAUCACUCUUUGGUCUCCAGUAUUAUUUCCUUACAUUUUUGUUCAUCUGCUAUUUCUAAAAAUUCAGUGUCUGAGGAACACAAAACAUUGUAUCAGGAGUUAAGGCGUUGGGGGUUUGAUGCCAUCAAGAAAAACCUAAGUAAUUGACAUGGAACAUGAGAAAGAUUAUUUCCACUGAAACAAGCCUUUGGAGACUAAAGCAUAUGACUCAACAUUUGUUUCAGGAUCAUCUUCUGAUGAUAAUCACCUACCUCUUUGGUUUUGAAUUUCUAUUUUUCACAGAUAAAAUUGUUUUGAUCUACAGGGACCUUAUAGAAUUUAAACACUGUUGUAGAUAUAGCAGUACAGUGAAGUGUAGCAUGCUUUCUAAUUUCAGUAUAAACUGGAUUUCAAGCAGAUAUUAAAUAAGGAUAUUUGUAAGUAGACUUUAUUAAGGGAAGUCCGUUGAUAUGUAUUCUUCUACAUUGGCGCUAGGCCUUGAGCCAUGUGGUUGGAGCUGAAACAGCUUUGUUUGCUUUGUCCUUCUUUAUGUACUGUCUGGGGGGACCCUUUGUGCUGCCCGCGUGGUUGGCAGUGCAUCACGUGAUGAAAGCACCAGCGUGCCUGCUGACAUUUGGUACUUGUGAAAGAAGACUAUGAGGGGCCUUAGAGAAUUCAGCAACACUGAACAGCAGUUCUCUUAACACUGGGUAAUCUUGAUCCGAUGACAGUUUACAAAUAAUUUUGAACUUUUUUUUUUAUCAUGUACACAUUUUAAAGCUUUUUUAAAAAAAAGUGCUAUGUUGUAAUGUGAAAACUUUAGGUGCAAAAUCAUAUGCUGCCUAUUUCCCUCUUUUAAGGGAAAAAUACCACUAUUAUCACUGCUGAUUGACAUAAUCAGAAUUUUUUUUUUUAUGUUUUCCUUUUUGGCUAGUAGAAGCAUGGAAGAAUUAGGGCAGUGUUUAUGGGCAAAAGAAAGUUCAAAAGAAAUCCCAAAUAGUCUGGAGUAGUGAUAUUCAAACUCUGACAGGUAUGAAUGACUGAAUAUAUUACCAGGGGUAUUUCUUAAUGCAGGUCCCUUGGGCUAGUAGUUCUGGAGUUGCACCCAGAAAUGCAGUUCUUCAUAGGAUUGAGUAUUCUGCCUGAUUCUAAUUUAAGAACAUACUUUAAAGAAGUACUCCUCUAUCCCUUUAAAUAUUAGCAGUUUCAUACAAAAAAUGUUGGUUUUAUGUUUGAAGUCAUCUCCUGGCACCUGGGUAGUCCACAUCAAGAGGAAAAUCUCCGUAUCUUUGUGCCUCAUUUGCUGCCAUGUGUGUUAGUUCUGGAUCUGGCCAGUGUUGGUUUUACAUUCUUUCAGCUGACAAAAUUCAGCUAAUAUACAGAGUCUCACAGCAGAACAAUAAAGAGUGGUUUAAUAUUUGAAGGUCAUGACUCUCAGGAGUAUAAUUACUCUGAUACCUUCUCUACUCCUAGUGAGAUAACUUUAUUGUAUGUAACUUUCUGAACAGUAAGAGGGGAAUGUAAAGAUUCAACCUAUUCCUAUUGCUCUGUUUAUGCCAGUUAUGUUCAAUGAAAGCAUGAAGAAAAUAAAAUAAUUUUCUGUUACUCUGUG